AGUGCAAGCCUUAACGUUCCGCUUGUAGAUGGCACUCGAAAGAUAAGGAAACGUUACAUGGGUCAAUAUCAACGGUAAUGUGAUCGAGGGCACGUCUGCUUUGAAGAAUCCAGUGAUCCAUCUUGAGUGAAGUGCCCUUAUACAAAAAUGGCAGAGCAAAACACAGAUAUCAACCAAGAGAACCCAGCUCUCGAAAAAGUAACAGACACCGAACCCCUGGAUGGCAAAAAGGUUGAGCAAGGAGAUGGACAAAAACAAGUCUCCCCAGGCUCUAAAGUGACAGACACUGGAGCUGGAGGGGGGGAUGACUCCACUAGGGAGAGGACAAAAUCAGAAGCAACCGACACCGAACAAAGGGACAAAAAGGAUGAGCAAGGAGAUGGACAAAAACAAGUCUACCCAGGCCCUAAAGAGACAAACACUAGAGUGGGAGGGGGGGAUGGCUUCACUGGGGAGAAUCUGAAAAAAUCAGAAACAACCAAUACACAACCCCAGGAUGAGCAAGAAGAUGGACAAAAACAAGACUCCCGGGGCUCUAAAGACACACACACUAGAGCUGGAGGGGAUGAUGAACAGAGCCCAGAGCGUGAAUUACAUCCCGAAGACAAAGAUGUAAAGGAGAACACAAUCCCCCAACAGAAACCAUUGCUACAGGAAGAAGAGAUGGAUGAACAGAGAAAGAAUAUUGAAAACAUUUGCCCUACAACACAGGAAACUACUGAACCCACACUUCCAGAUAUUACAGAACAAGAACAAAGUUUUCUGCACACUGGAGCUGGAAGGGAUAAUGAAGGUGUCCCAGAGCCUGAUUUACCGUCUCAAGUCAGUGAUAAACAGGAGGGCAAGGCAGUCCGAAAGAGAGUAUUCCAACAGAAAAAAGAGAAUACUGAAAACGUUGGCCCUAUAACACAGGAGACUACUGAAACCACGACUGGUGGCAGAGGAAUGUUCUGGAUUUACCUGCUGAUAGUGGGAAUAGCGGUAGCAGCCAUUGUAGCCAUUUUAUACAUCUCGGAGCAUCUCCACCAGUCUGACCCUCCACCUCAGAAAGAAGAUGUAGCCAUCAGAUUCAUCAAUGAGAUGAAAAAAGUGGAGAAUCAGUUCCCUAACCAGCGGCCUGAGUUAUGGGGUAGGAGCAGGAUCCACCUGCUGAGGCACCUCCAGACGGCCCAGCCAACAGAGCCAGUGAGUCUCAUCCUGACUGCCGGCCUCAGAGCUGAGAAGACGCUACGCUGCCUGGCUCUGGGCGUGGCCUCUGCCUUCUCUUCUGCCCUCAAUGUCUCCGUCCUCCACAUAAAUGGAUCCAGUAAAGCCAGUCAGGACAGCGACCAGGUCAAACUGGACAUUGACAGCAAGUUGCAAGGUGCUUUUGAGGGAGACAAACCCGUGGCUGUCAUUCAUCGAUUCGAGGAGCUGCCUCCAGGUUCCACGCUCAUUUUUUAUCGCUACUGCGACCAUGAGAACGCUGCCUACAAGAAAACUUUUCUGAUCUUCACAGUGCUGCUGGGGGAAGAAGAGGAGAUUCCUGCCAAGAUUAGUUUGAGUGCUGUGGAGGAGAUGGUGGACGACCACCUUCAAAAGAAGUUUCUUUCUCAUGGCCGCCCUGUAUCUUUUGACAGAAUGGAUCUUGACAAGUAUGGUGGACUGUGGAGCCGUAUUUCUCACCUCAUCCUUCCUGUGGCAGCAGUUGAAAGGAUGGAACGUGAAGGGUGCACAUAAAUAUUCACUCUUACUUGAACUUUCAGUGUAAUUACUAAACUACCACCUUUUAAUCAGAUCUCUCACUGUGUGACUCCUGUUAUUCUGGGGCAGGUCGAGUGAUUUUAAAGACCCAAAGGUUUCUUAAUAUAUUAAAGCUCAUUGCAAAUGAAGGCAUCAAAUAGAAAUAAAAAAGAUCAUUAUAUUACGGAAUAUUUUUUUUAAUUACUGUGGAUAUUCAUCAUGAAAAAAGACUGUGGCACUUAAAAGUUAUUUAAUUUUAGAGUAUUGUUCUUCUCUGGGUAAUGACAACAUAAAAAUGUGUUACAUUGCAGAUCUAUAAUUUUGGUAUCACAAUACGGGGUUUAUUCAUUUUUAUGACAACUUUCUUUGUGAUUCUCAAACCUGCAUGGCACCAUAUGCCUUAACAGAACUUCUCAUGCACCAUUUUCUACAGACACAUACACACUUGACUAUUGAAAGAAGUUUGAUGAAGGGAAAUAAGUACGCAAUGAAAUGUGCCUUACACUACAAAUAAACAUCUAAGUUCAAA